AAACAGCAGCAGCAGUAGUCAGUCAGCCUGUCUGAGCUGUCGCCGCCUCCCAGUUCUCUCCCCUCCUCAAAGAAAGACACGAGGAACCAGUCAGACCAGUCCCCAGAAGACAUGGCAGAGGACCGGACCACCACGACGCCUUUGGCGGGUGACGAAGUAUCGCCAUCGGACCCGGAGUCGCACCAGGACCAGGGGUGUAGUAUCCCGAAGAGACACGCACGGGUCACGGUGAAGUACAACAGGAAGGAGCUACAGAGGCGGCUGGACCUGGAGAAGUGGAUCGACGAGAGCCUGGACCGGCUGUACGUGGGUCAGGAGGGUGAUAUACCAGAGGAGGUAAACAUUGACGAGUUGAUCGAUCUGCCGAACCUCGAGGACAGAGUGAAAAAGUUACAGGAGGUUCUUCAAAAGUGCAGUAACAACACGGAGGUACGUUUCCAAGCCAAGACACAAAUGAUAAUCUGCAUGUAUAGUAUACACACACAGAGCGGGAAGAUGAAGCUGCAGCACCUUACUCCUCAUCACACAGGAGGGUUAGGGUUAGGUUAGCAGGGAGGCCCAGGGAAGAUGCUGCUAUCUCAGACACUAUGAUAAGGUGCAUCAUUAAAGUAUGGUUGCACAUUCUGAAGUCUGUUGUUAAGCAGCACUCACACAUAUAUAUGCAGGUUUGGGUAGCAAUAGAUUACAUCAUGAUUACAUAAUAAUUUAAAUAAUAAUUUACUACAAUCAGCCCAGAUCAAUUUAAUUUGUCAAGGCUUAUUAAUGUAUCAUAUGUUGGUUAGCUUUAUGGCAAAUACAUUUUUUCAUGAGAACUACUGAUGUUUAUUAAUGAGAAAUGUGCAUGUAACAAGAGCUUUGUUGUCAAGUGCUCCAUCUUGUGGCAGGGGAAAAGAACAGAUCACUUCAGCUACAGACACGUGCAGAACAAGAAGUGCAGUUUUAAUAGUUUUAACUGCCAUAUAAGUUGUUUUCAUUAGCUUCCUGGAUUCCAAAGUAAUGUGGCCGGACCCAGUCUAUAUAAACACUGAAACAGUUUGUUCUGGUUAAACGUUUAUUCCAGAGUUUAUCAGAAGUUAAUGAGGCCUCAGGAAACAGAGUUAGUCAAACUAUGUUUGCAUCUUAACAGUUUCUGUGCUGAGCGUCAAAUAACUGUAGCCUUAUUUACACUUCAGAUAACCCUUGGAUUGUAUUUUUGCAAUGAAAGAAGUUUGACUUCAGGAAUUUCUGGCGACAGUUUUCCGUCACACUUUAGGGCAACAAAACUACUACUUGGUUUGGUUUAGGGAAAUAUCUUGGUUUGGCUUAAAAUCGAAAAUAGUGUAAAGUCUCUCUGGCUGAAGGCAAAUGUCUCCCUUUACUUACAUUGGAAAGACAUUAGAAAAGGGAUAUAUUAAUAUCCAGCGACGACAAGGGAUUACAGACAAUAGAACUUGUUUCACUGUUCAUAUGGGAAUAAGAGAAUUUUUCUCAAACAGAAUUGAUCAACUCUGAGCUUGUCCUUUGAGAGAAAUCGACAUCAUGUGACUAAAGUUCGCUCCUAAAGACAUGUACAGACAUUAAAUUAGUGUCAACAUGAACGGCCGCAGCCAAGACAACGCUUAACUUUAUUACCCCAGAUGAAUGUUUCUCGAAGGAAAACAGAACCAAGCGAUUCCAGGGCGGAACAAAUACUUGUCAGUAUUUGGCUGAUUGUUUUGGCCAUUGCUUCUCGUACUGUUGACAUAACACUGCUCAUCUGCAUGCUGCAUUUUUUAUCAGGCGGAAAAAUCUCCCCACGAAACACAGACAGCACUAAUAGAUGUGAACCAAAGGGGAUGUUUAUAAAGUGUUGUGUGGUGUGUACAUAGAAACUAAUACACUGUGACUUUAUUUGAUUGUGUUCAUGAGGAAUUAUGAGCAUUUACAACAAUUAGAUCACAACAUAAAAUAGGAACUUCCUCUACUUGGCCUGAAGGCUUCCUCCUGGGAGCCAGCUGCUCUCCUCAGCCUUCUUCCAUCUAUGGACAUAAUAUCACUCAAAGUCCUUCAAAACAACAGGGUUGAAAAUAACUUCCACAUUGUAACUGCUCUGAUAACGGCUCUAUGAAUGUUGCUUUACACAUUUGUGUUUUUGUGGUUUGUGGUUUAAUUAGUAGUGCCAACAGGCAAGAGUGACACAGGGCUUACAGUCAGUGGCCAGUGAUCCAGAUGCUUCCAGAUGUUUCCAUAUAAAGUAUGAGCACAAAACUGAAAUACUUCCUCGGAAAAUGUCCAUGUGCCUCCUCUGCAACAACAACAUUCUUUAAAAAAAGAAAACGCAGCUUCAUUUCUGUAUAUUAUAUAUUGUAAAUUUACCAUGUGUUUAAUGGUCAGAAUUAUCUAUUCAUACAUAUAUUAUAAAAGUCAUAGAUGCAUUGGAGCAUGUCAACAUCUAACAUGCAUAUUGCAGAAACUGUCAAUCUACAUUAUCAUGUUUAUGAACGCCUUUUCCAGUUGUUUACUCAGUUACUUUUAGUAAGUACAAACGGAACUGUCUUGGUUGAAGUUAGAGAAUAUAUUUUAAUUGAAGCUAAACUCAAUUGCUGUGUUGAAUUGAGACUGGUGGUGAAAGAGAAGAAAGAGAGAAAAAAGGCUUCAUUGGCCAAAACUGUUAAAAAUAAUCUCCUAAAUAUGCCAGACUCUGCCUCUCCCUUCAUCUCUUUCAGACAUUUUAUUCUGUAUAGAUCUAUUAAACAUUGAUACAACUCAAUACAACAUUUAUGUUAGACACAGUUUCUUCUCAUGAUUGUUGUAUUUAUCGUUUUUUUUGUUGAUGUGCCCUGCUACACGAGGCAUCGGUCUGUCCUGAGGUUUCUGUGUUUAUUAUUUUUUGGCAGUUUUUACUCACUCACAGAUUUUUAAGCCCUAUGACCCAAACUUUGAUUUGUAAAUGUGGGCUUUAGUAAUACAGUAGGAUUUUAGCUAACAAUUGCCCAUGCUGGAGUGUGAACUAUUUUUAGCGAGUUUCAGCAAGACGGACAUUGACUCAAAAUAAACUAGUGUGCACGUUCAUGGUUAUAAAAGACUAUAUCACAAUUGUAGGACACCCUCAGUGUUGAUCUUAUUUACUCAACAUGAGUCAUAAUUAUACACAGAGUAUCUGCCAAAUAGGCUUAUUAGAAAGCUGUUGCCUCUGCUCCCUGUGACGCUUUUGAUCUUCUGCAGACUUUCAUCCAGGAGAUGGUGGGAAAGCUGGGGGGCGUUCAGAAGCAGGACGAGCUGCAGAGCGAAGGCAUCGAGCAUCCGGUCAUCUGUCACAGCCACUACCGCCACGAGCCCUACCACUUCAACAACUCACAGCAGCAAUACCACCAAACUCGAGGCCAAAACCAAACCCUCUGACAAGACCCCGACCAAAACACCCACAGAUGAGAAGAUCUAUACCACCAAUAAAGAUCACCUGAGGAGUUUAGCAGCACUAUGUCCCGUUGUGUUGACGUGUAGAUCCCCGUUUUGUUAUUUUGCAUGCAAGUAAUGUACUCACUGGUCUUCUAGCAUCCUCACAUUGAUAACAGGACUCCAUGAAGUCCCUGCUAUCAGCCGAGCAAUAGUUUGGCCAAUAUCGCCAGUACACCCACAGGUUGCAGUUCUUACUCUUCAUUUUUGUGAGGAUUGAACAAUUAGUGAACUCAGAGGAGCUGUUUGAACAGUUUUCUUUCCUCUCUCCAGACAGGCUGCUUCACCCUGUUUGUCAGUCCUUAAUGCUAAGCUUAUUGCAGCCUAUAUUUAAUGAACAGAUAUUCAAGGAGUAUCAAGCUUUUCAUUAAAGUCUUGGUAAGAAAGCGGAUUUAACAAUUCCUUUAAGCAUUUAUUUAAAAAAAAGAUUGCACAUUACCAUGUGUCGAUAAUAAGUCAGUGAUCACAUCAUGCAUCUCUUUUCUGACAUUAUUUCCCUGAAGACCAGGAUUUAUUUCCAGCACUGAAACAUGCGACUCACAUGUUCACUUGACUGAGAGUAGAUGAAGGGAUGGAAAAAGAGAAUGUACAGUUCUUCUUUUUCACAUAACAUCCUUAUACAUAUCUAAUAUCACGCAUCAUUUUAUAUCAAUGUAUGUAACAAUGUUACACUGAGCUGCACUGUGGCACACUUACAGUAUGUUUCACCUUUCACUCAACACACGUUACACAACUUUAACACAGCUCAAUUAGAUGCAUAUAUAACUUAUGUUAAAUUAUAAAAGUUAUUUAUUGUCAUGUCUACUUAUAUAUCUACAUGUACAGUAAAAUGUUACACUGGCAGUAAUCCUGUUUACACUGUAGUUUUUAAUGACACUUUACUGCUACUGAGUUAUUACUUCAUUUUCAGUUUUUCACUUAACUUUGAUUCUGUAAAGAGCUUUGAGUUUCUAAUUAAACCAUUUCUUUCACUA